GGGUACAUAAAUACUGAUGUUACACCCAAGCCAAUGGGUUUGACCGGGAGCUCUUUGAUCACGGCGAGAUCUGUCGCAGUUCUUCUCUUUCUCUCUCUGCUUCUUCUGAUUCUUCCACCGUUUCUUCCGCCGCUUCCACCACCUCCAGCGACUCUCCUACUUCUCCCUCUCCUCCUCAUGAUUCUCCUUAUUUUCUUGGCUCUUUCUCCUUCUAACGAGCCUAGCCUCUACGUAGAACCUCUUGAUCCCUGAUGAGUGGUGUCGCCGACGUCCGCACCGACCGUACAGAUAUAUAUGCAUUACACAGAUAGUAUUAGUGUGUCUAUACAUGUGUGUGUAUGUAAGGAGCAAAUUAAGGGCUUUUAGUUUUGUGCAAGUACUCAUGUGAUAGAUCUCGGACUUUUCUUCUAUGAUUUCGUAGAAAUGUAGUUUAUUAGAUUUAGAAUAAUAUUUUUGAAAUUGAAUACAAGCAAAUGUGCACGUCUAUUUUUUAUGUAUGACUUUCAUCUUUUUCGUAACUCAAUGUAUAUUCCCAUUUUUGUUAUCAUAUUAUAACACACUGUGGGGAAAUAAAAUAUUGUCAUUUUUAAAUUACCAAAUGAUGUAUGAAAAAAUACAAUAUCAUGAUAUAUUUAAAAUGAAAAACUAAUUAAACAAAAUUGGUGAAGCCAUAGAGAGAGGUUAAAUACUACAUUUUGAUAUUAUAUCUAAAUUUAUUUGUGUUAAUACCUUUAUCAUCUAUCCGCUUCUCCUUGUUUAUCUACUAAACUUUAUUUUAAAAAAAUUGAAACAUAUGAUUCUUUUUUAAGUUGGUUUACUGUGGAACCCACAGAGACACUGGAAAACUGUGAAUAAUCGCCCUCUGAUGUCAGACAGACCAAAAUGGAUUAGAUUCUUUUAAUAUGGUCAAAAAGUCAUAAUCUUUCUUUAUUUUUUUUUGUUGCUUUCUUGUUGUAGACAUUUUAUUUCUUUUUGAGAAUCCA